UGGAGCGCGCCUCCCUCGCCGCCCCGGGUCUGGCGAGCCGGCGCCGGUCGAGCUAAGAGAGCCGCCGAGAGCACCGUCCGCCGCCGCCCCGGGAGCUGCUCCGGCCGCACCAUGCGGGAGCUGGCCAUCGAGAUCGGGGUCCGAGCCCUGCUCUUCGGGGUCUUCGUUUUUACGGAGUUUUUGGAUCCAUUCCAGAGAGUCAUCCAGCCAGAAGAGAUCUGGCUCUAUAAAAAUCCUUUGGUGCAAUCAGACAACAUACCUACCCGCCUCAUGUUUUUGCCUUUUCUGGCCUCGGCUUCACGACGUUCUACUUGGCGGGCAAGCUGCAUUGCUUCACCGAGAGCGGCCGGGGGAAGAGUUGGCGGCUCUGUGCUGCCAUCUUGCCCCUUUACUGCGCCAUGAUGAUUGCCCUGUCCCGUAUGUGUGACUACAAGCACCACUGGCAAGAUUCUUUUGUUGGUGGAGUCAUUGGCCUCAUUUUUGCAUAUAUUUGCUACAGACAGCACUAUCCUCCUUUGGCCAACACAGCUUGUCACAAACCCUACGUCAGCCUCCGGGUCCCGACGUCGCUGAAGAAAGACGAGCGGCCCACAGCUGACAGUGUGCCCAGCAUGCCCCUGGAAGGUAUCACCGAAGGCCCUGUAUGACUAGGGCCUCAGGAGGAUGGACGUUGAGCCCAGGGCACGCUCUUCCACCCCGGCAUCAUAACACAGCAGAAGAGGUUUUCUGUAGUGUGUUUCUCAUCCGUUGUUUCUCAAAGUUCUCCUUCUGCUUCCAUUUUGCUGGUGGUAUUCCUGCUACUUUAAAUGUGUCUUCUCAACUUUCUUGAAUUUGCAAAGGAAGGACGCAGGAAGAAUCUCGGAGAGACAUACGGAAGGAAGCCGCAAGGACAGGGCGGGUGUAACUUGGUCCGUUCCUUUACCUGAAAUGUUCACUGUUAACAGCCACCGUCCUAUGUUUUCAUGGUCGUAAAACAUAAUAAAACCUCCCACCUGGUGUCGGCUGUCC